AUGUGGUCGUCGAAAAUAUCAAGCAGUGUCGGGAUUCUCUGUCACCUGUUAGCAGUUUGCCUACUUUGUGGACAGUCUUGCGGACAGGUGUACAACCUCACUCUCUCCAUUGAAGAGGGGCUACCGGCCCGAACAAUUGUUGGUGACAUUAGAGCCGGACUGCCCCAGAACACCCAAACCAGUGGAUUUUUCAUAUCGGAAAGUAGAGAUUCCUACGUGUUUAAGGACCUAGAAAUAGACACAGAUACGGGAAUAAUUUCAACUGCUGUGGUCCUCGAUAGAGAGAAAGGAGACAGGUAUGAUUUUGUUGCUGCUACUUUGACGGGGGAGGUCAUAAAAGUAACCAUAGUGGUCAAGGAUGUGAAUGAUCACUCUCCAGUAUUUCCCUCUCCGUCUGUGCUUUUGAAUGUGUCCGAAUUAAGCCCACCUGGCACUCGGUUUGAACUUGAGGGGGCACGAGACCAGGAUGAGGGUGACUUGGGAACUCAGGGGUACCGGAUCACGGACAGUAUCAUGCAAGAGCUCUUUAAGGUGGAGGUGCGCAGUGGAGUAGGAAGUGUUGACCUCAUCCUCUUGGACAAGCUAGAUAGAGAAUCACGAGACUUUUACAACCUCACCAUAGAGGCUUUUGAUGGGGGAAUUCCUCAGAAAACAGGAAGAUUGGAAGUGCACAUUUACGUGAUGGAUGAAAAUGAUAACCCACCUAUGUUCAACCAGACAGAAUACAGAGUGCUUGUGUGGGAAAAUGCCCCAGUCUUUACCCCUGUGUGUCAGGUGUAUGCCACCGACCUUGAUUUGGGGGUGAACGGCCUGGUCACCUAUGAGAUCAACAGACGUCAAAGUGAUCCCAAUGAAUAUUUCACCAUUGACGAGAACACAGGAGUCAUCAGUGUAAACAGGCCUUUAGACCAUGAGAUGCAAACUUUCUACGAGCUGAUUGUUACGGCCUGGGAUGGUGGGGUUCAACCAGAGUCCAGCAGUACUUUUGUGGGCAUUAGGGUCCUGGACAUCAAUGACAACAGCCCCACCAUCAGUGUGCUCUUUCUCAGUGCAUCCGGCGAACCAGAGGUGUCAGAAGGGGCGAGCGUGGGGGAGUAUGUGGCCCGCAUCUCCGUCACUGACCCUGACCUGGGGGAAGGCAACAUGGUGUAUGUUGAUCUUCAGGGAGGAGAUGGCAAGUUCCUCCUGAAGCAAACUGACGACUUCCUGUAUGCCCUGUGUGUGGCCAGGCUGCUGGACAGGGAGGAGGUCGACUUUUACGAGCUGAAGGUCAUAGCUGCCGACUUCGGCAGUCCUCCUCUCCAGACCGAGAAGACGAUUUUGGUCAGAGUGUCAGACGUGAACGACAACACUCCCGUGUUUGAGCUGGGACAUUAUGAGGCUCGUAUUGUAGAGGAUGCUAAGCCUGGUAGCGCCCUCAUACAGGUAAAGGCCCAUGAUGCCGAUGAAGGACUGAACUCUGACCUGCUCUACAGCAUCCUGGAGUCCAAGUGGGAUAGCCUCAUCAACAUCGACCCACAGUCCGGUCUCAUCACUACUGCCACAAGCCUGGACCGCGAGCGAGACCCAGAGGUGCAUUUCCUGGUUGUGGCUGCGGAUGGAGGGUUUCCACCUAUGUCAUCGACUGCAACAGUCACCAUCUACAUUGAAGACAUCAAUGACAACAAGCCCGUCUUUGACCAGCAGCUGUACAAUGUCUCCAUUCCAGAACACAUUGCUGUUGGAAGCUGCUUCUUACAGGUUACUGCGGUGGAUGCAGAUGGCAGUGAGUUUGGGGUUGUGCGAUACUCCCUCUCUGACGGCUUUGACAGGGAGGACCAGCGGCCUCUGUUCCACAUCAACCCUGUGACGGGGGAGAUCUGCGUUGAUCAGGACAUAGACCGUGAUGCGGGGCUCGUCACCUACGACCUCCAGGUCAAAGCUGAAGAUCAGGGUGGUCUGAGUGCGCAGGCAUAUGUCCAUAUUGGGGUGGAGGACCUGAAUGAUAACGCACCCGUGUUUAACCCUGAGAGCUACGUCACGAGCAUCAGCGGACACACUCAGCCCGACACAGAGAUCCUCAAUGUCAUUGCCACGGACCGGGACUCCGGGCGCUACGGGCAAGUCACCUACGAGCUUCAGGCUGGAGACUCCUCCUCUCUCUUCUCCGUGGACGCUGCAUCAGGUGCUGUGUACUUGACCUCCGCUCUGAGCCACCUGGGCAGUGCCAGUGUCAAGUUCUCCAUCUCCGCGCAGGAUGGUGAGGGCCAGACGUCUGCUCAGCCUGCCAACGUUACCGUCCACAUCCUCCACAGUGACCAGGCUCCUGCCAUGUUCCAGAGGUCCCACUACGUCUUCUCUGUGGCCGAGGAUGCGCCCAUGGGCACCACCGUGGGCAUGGUUGAAGCCCUUAACCCUACUAAUUCUGUGGAGUCCCUGUCGUACAGGAUCUCCUCUGGCGACCCCCAGGGGCUGUUCUCCGUGGACGCUCAGAGCGGCGUCAUCAGCACCCGGCAGCCGCUGGACCACGAGACGCUCCCCUACGCCCUCCUCAUCAUCCAGUCCCACAGCGGCGCCUCGCCCAUGUACAGCAGCACCCAGGUCAACGUCAGCAUCACCGACGUCAACGACAACCCCCCCGCGUUCCCGCGGCCCUCCGACGCCAUCGCCGUCUCCCAGAACACGCCGCCCGGCACGCUGCUCUUCAUCGCGCACGCUCACGACGGCGACAGCGGCGCCAACGGCAGGAUCCGGUACUCCCUGCUCUCCGGGGAGAAGCUCUUCUCCGUCGACCCCGUGCUGGGCACGCUGUGGCUCAACGCCAGCCUCGCGCACGAGAAGCCGGCCGCGCACACGCUGGAGAUCCUGGCCGAGGACGAGGGCUCGCCGGCGCUGUCCUCCCGCUUCACUCUGACCGUGGAGGUCGAUCGGUCCUCGGCCGCCGAGGACGCCUUGGCCUUUGAGACGCUGGUGUACCAGGUGGAGAUCAGGGAGAACGCCCAGAGGGACACGCGGGUCAUCCAGGUGCGCGCACACCUGAGUGCCCAGGGCCGCGCUGCCUCGACCCCUGCUGGCCCCAGCCUGACCUACACCCUGGAGUCCCUCUCCGACACGCCUCCUUUCCUCAUUCACCCGGAGAGCGGCUGGAUGUUCCUCUCCGACUGCCUGGACUACGAGGUCACGCCCGUGUACCGCUUCCGCGUUCGGGCCUUGGCGAGCGACGGGGAGUCGGAGGUCAGCGCCGUGGCUACGGUGGUCGUCAUGGUGCUGGACGAGAACGACAACGCUCCGGUUUUUAGCCGGGCGGACUACUUUUUCACCAUGCAGGAGGGGCCCGCUCCUCUGGGUCUGAUCGGAACGGUGAAGGCAACGGACAGAGACUCGGGAAAGAACGCUCAGCUGUCCUACAUCCUGCUGUCAGACGGGAAACACUUCCGCAUCAACUCCAAAACAGGUGAGAUCAUAAACUGGGUGGCUUUGGACCGAGAGCAGCAGAGCCAGCACACUCUGAAGGUGAUGGUGACGGAUCAAGGACACCCGCGCCUCAACGCUACAGCCACCGUCCACAUCCUGGUGACAGACGUCAAUGACAACCCUCCUCAGUUCACACACCUCCCUACUGGCAAAGAGCUCAAUUUACAGGUGUGGGCGGGUUUACCAGUGGGCUCAGUGAUCACCAGCAUGUUUGCUAAGGACCUGGAUGCAGGGGAAAACGGAACGGUCAAGUUCUCUCUGGAAACAGACCUGGACCACUUUGAGAUCGACCAGCGCAGCGGAGACAUUAGGACACGCAGUCCGUUCUCCCAGAGUCCGCAGACGCACUACACGCUGACCGUGCUGGCCAGAGACUGCGGCCCCAGCCCCCUGGAGGAGAGAGCUGUAGUCCACCUGCAGAUUCUCAACAUCGGGAGAGCGAAGACCCGUUCCGAGUCCAGCAUCAAGCACUUCUCGGUGCGAGAGAAUGCCAAGCUGGGCACCGUGAUUGGCUCCCUGGGGCUGCCCAGGGCUCCCGCCGGGCAGGUGCGCUACUCCAUCGCCGAGGGCGACGGCAGCCUGCACUUUGGCGUGGACGCGUCGUCGGGCGACCUGUACGUGGCGCAGCCGCUGGACUACGAGGCGGCGCAGCGCUACAGCCUGUCGGUGCGCGCGGAGGCGCUGCCCGCCGUCAACACCUCCAUGCUGGUGGCGGUGGCGGUGCGCGACGUGAACGACCACGCCCCCUGGUUCCCGGGCGCCGACGCCGUCCUGACGCUGGGAGUGCAAGAGGACGUCGCCGUGGGGACGGCGGUGUACGCCUUCAACGCACGGGACGCAGACGGGAGCCUGCGCUACAGCGCCCUGCGCUACUCCCUCACCUUUGACCCCUCGUCCGGCGACGGGGAGCUGCCUUUCCAGGUCCACCCCUCCACCGGCGUCCUCACCACCACCGCGCCGCUGGACCGCGAGCGCUCUCCCGUCUACGUCGUCACGGUGACCGCCAGCGACCAGCCAGAGAAGGCAGCCAAUCAGAAGCAAGCCUCCAUCACUGCUCAGGUGUUCCUGCUGGACGUCAAUGACAACAGCCCGGCGUUUGUGUCCGCGGACACCAUCCAUGUGCCGGAGGACGCGCAGGUGGGGAGUUUGGUGCAUCAUGUUAUCGCCAGGGACACGGACGAGGGCAGAAACGGACAGGUGACCUACAGCUUGCUGUCUGGGAAUGAAGAGGGUCUGUUUGCUCUGGAGAAUACAGGCCUCCUUCACCUGGCUUCCCCACUGGACUAUGAGAGCAGGCCUGUGCACACCCUGAGCAUCGUGGCCUCAGAUGGCGGCCUCCCGUCGCUCUCCUCCACCCAAAUCCUCACUGUGGCAGUGGGGGACGUCAACGACCAGGCCCCCCAGUUCCAGCAGAGCGUCUACCGCACCUGUGUGUCCGAGAACCGACCGCCUGGAGAACACGUCAUCACUGUGACUGCCUAUGAUGGAGACUCAGCUGAGAAUGCUGCGAUUUACUACAGCCUGCUGCCUGGCCCUGGCUACAACCUCUUCAGCAUUAACUCUCACACAGGAGAGGUCCGCACUGCUGCACAACUCGACCGUGAGCUCUAUCAGACUUUCACCCUGAGAGUCCACGGACGGGACAGCGGGCUUCACUCUCUGUCGGGCACGACCACCAUCUUCUGCUCCGUUCAGGAUGAGAACGACAACGCGCCGGAGUUCAUGCAGCCCUCGGUGCACAUCAGCCUUCCAGAGAACCUCCCCCCCGGAGUGGUGCACCGCGCCCAGGCCUCCGACCCAGACAGCGGCCCCAACAGCACCAUCACAUACUCGCUGGGAGAUGAUGAAGCUGGUCGUUUUGUGAUCGAUCCCUCUACGGGGGCGCUGAGCGUGACUCAGCCUCUGGACCGGGAGGAGCGUGACAACUACACCCUGCUCAUCACCGCCACAGACCAGGGGCCGGCGCCGCGGAGCUCCACCUCCCAGCUCCACAUCACGCUGCUGGACGAGAACGACCACAGCCCGGCCUUCACCCGCAAGAGCUACCGCGCCACCAUCAGCGAGGCUCUCCCCGUGGGCUCCGAGGUGCUCCGGCUGAGCGCGCGCGACCCCGACCUGGGCCCCAGCGGCGAGGUCACCUUCUCGCUGGCCGAGGACUCACUGGGCGCCUUCUCCGUGGAGCCGUCCACCGGGGUGGUGCGCACCAGCCGGCCGCUGGACCGCGAGACGCGCUCGCAGUACAGCUUCCGCGCCGUGGCCUCCGACGGCUGCCCGCAGGGGCCCCGCAGCUCGGUCGCCAUGGUGACGGUGCAGGUGGAGGACGUCAACGACAACCCGCCCGCCUGCCUGGGCCAGCCCGUCCGCGGGUCUGUGACAGCGGCGACGGCCAAGGGGAAGACCGUGGCGGUGGUGGUGGCCGAGGACCCCGACCAGGGCGCCAACGGCACGGUGCUGUUCAGCCUGACGGACGGAGGCGAAGUGCGGCUGAUGAGCCCGCUCCCCGAGGGUGCUUCUGGGACGCGGGUGCUGCGCGUGCAGGCCUCAGAUCAGGGCCAGCCGCCGCUCACCUCCACCUGCCUGGUGCUGCUGCAGCUCAACGGGGAGGACGAGGGGCUGCGCUUCACCGAGCAGCUCUACGAGGUGGCCAUUCCGGAGAACAGCGGGACUGGUUCCUGGGUGGCAAAUGUGGUGGCCCAUGACCAGACAACAGAUGGAGGGGCCAUAAUCUACAGCAUCUUCAAUGGCAAUGAGAAUGAGGCCUUCACCAUAAACCCUCUCACAGGGGAUAUAACAGUGAGGGCCCAGAGCUGCCUUGACUAUGAGAGCAAUAAGAGAGUUCAUCUGGUGGUGUUGGCAGAAAAUGGCCAGCAGACCACCUAUGCGCGGGUGACUGUCAAUCUCCAGGAUGUGAACGACAACACGCCUACCUUUAAACAGGCAUAUUACAGAACGGCAGUCUGGGAAGGACAAAUACAUAACACAUAUGUCAUGCAGGCAUUUGCCACUGAUGCUGAUAGCGGUGUGAACGGGCAGCUUGACUACUCCAUCGUGUCCGGAAACCACAACGACGCGUUCAUCAUUGACUCAAUGAGGGGAAUUCUGGCCACUAACACAGUCCUGGACCGGGAAAUCGUCUCAUCUUACAAGUUGGUGCUGCGGGCAGUGGACCGUGGCAGCCCCCCUCUCACGGGCACCAGCACCGUCAGGGUUCAGGUGGUGGACGUGAACGACAACAGCCCUGCCAUCCCACCCAUGGAGCCAGUGGUGAUCGCUGAGAAUGUGCCCCCAGGCUCAGUUGUGACCCAGGUCACUGCCAACGACGUCGACCUCAGCUCCACUGUGACUUACCGCUUUUUGGGAGACAUUGCAACCAAUGGGAGCUUUGCCAUUGACCGCUACACUGGGGUCAUAAGUGUAACUGGCAGUCUGGACCACGAGGAGGUCACUGAGUACGUCCUGAGGGUGCAGGCCUCGGACUCCGUCCACCAGACAGAGGCAGACGUGCAUGUUCACGUGCUAGACGUCAACGACAACACUCCCGUUUUUCCCCAGGAGUCCUAUCAGGUGACGUUGCCAGAACUGACAUCCUCUGACACGUUUGUCCUGGCGGUGUCUGCCACAGACAGAGACUCUGGUCUCAAUGGAAAGAUUUCCUACAGACUUCUCUCUUCUCCUCUGAAAGGCUUCUACAUAGACGCUCAAACUGGCUCUGUGUUCACAAACAAACCUUUGAAGUAUGUUUCUGAUGGCAACAUGAUCCAGCUCCUAGUUGAGGCUCGGGACAGUGGAGACCCCUCCCUUUCUAGUGUGACCUCUGUGGAUAUACAGGUGCUGGAUGCCAAUGACCACGCCCCUUACUUCCUGCAAAACACCUAUCAGGUGACCUCACAUGAGGACACGCCCUUGGGCAGCACCCUCUUGACCCUGACAGCAGAAGAUGAGGACUAUUCGGAAGAGAACGCCUUCCUUGACUACGCCAUCACUGGAGGUAACGAAGAGAGGCACUUUUGCCUGGAGGUCAUCACGGUUCAUGUGGAAGAUCAGCCGAGGACUGUGGCUCAGUUGGUCCUUUGUGACUCGCUUGACCGUGAGACCACGGAGGCUUACUCUCUGACCGUGACCGUGUCUGACAGGGGGGUGCCUUCACUCAACAGCUCGGCCACCGUCUCUGUGACCGUGCUCGAUGUAAACGACCACGCACCUGCUUUCGGUAGCUCCGAGUACCACGCCCAGGUCCGUGAGAACAGCCCACCUGGCACUUUUCUUGUUCAGGUGGCAGCUCUUGAUCCUGAUCAGGGGCUUAAUGGGAUGGUCCAGUAUGACAUUAUCUCUGGAAAUAGUAAAGGCCAUUUGAGGCUAGAUUCCUUGACUGGGGUGCUCGAGAUCAACCAUACGUUGGACUAUGAGGAAGAGUCCCAAUAUACCUUGACCAUACAGGCAUCGGACGGAGAAGCACAGGGCAACAGAAGGGUUUCUUUUGCAGUCAUCUUCAUUGCUGUGCAGGACGAGAAUGACAAUUCCCCAUACUUCACCCAUCCCACUGUGAACUGCUCGGUGCUAGAGAACCAGCCCGCGUUCACGCCAGUGUGCAUGGUCCAUGCCAUCGAUCAGGACGCCGGCCCAUUUGGGAGGGUCAUCUACUCCAUCUUAUCCUCCUGCUUCAUGGACUAUGGCAGUGGGAACCCGGACAGGAAGGAGGCCUUCGCCAUUGACCCUCUGACGGGGGACAUUCACACCAGACAGACGUUCGAUUACGAGCGCGAGAGCGACUACUGUUUUGUGGUGGAGGCCAGAGAUAGAGGCGAUCAGGUGGCCACCGUCAGGGUGCAGGUAGACGUGGAAGGUGUGGACGAGUUCAGUCCGGUGUUCACGCAGGAGGUGUACCGCUUCCUUUUGCCCGAGAACUCUCGACCGGGUCACACGCUGGGCCACGUCACGGCCAUGGACCACGACGGAGGCGUAGACGGAGUGAUCUUGUACUCCCUAGCAGAGGCGUCUCCGUUCUUCGGCGUGAAUAGAACAACAGGCGCCGUGUUCAUCUCGGGUCCGGUGUACAGGAGAAGAGGGAGCUCUGCCACAGACGGCAUGGUGGAGCUGCGGGUGCUGGCCGGCAGUCUCAAGUUUGACUCCAAGUUGAGUUCCUGCGCGGUCGUCGUGAACAUCUCCAACUCGGCGGAGGCCCUCACCGGGAUGUCUCUGAGCGUCCAGACGGUCAGCCUCAGCGCCGCUCUGACCAUCUUCCUCCUGCUGCUGAUCUGCUUCGUGGCCCUGGUGCUGCGCUACAAGACCAAGGAGGCCGCGCUCAAGAAAGCCGCCUCCAUCGCCGCCAACUUGAACCACGGCACCGGCACGUUCGGACGGAAGGGCGGCUCGCAGCAUCAAAACGGCAUCAACCUGCACGAGAUGCGAGGACAAAUGCGCGCCAAGCUGGACAUCUCUCGGCCCUUGCAGAGGUCGGACAGGAGUCUACGGGGCUCGGCGGAGGGCGAGACCGCGGAGGACCAGGAGAUCAAGAUGAUCAACGAGUACCAGUGCCUCAAGAGGUCUGGCUCGGCCCUCAGCGAGCAGGAGUCCCAGGUGCUAGACUCGGGUCUGGCCAGGGACUUAGACCAGCUGUCCUGCCACUCCGAGGAGAGGGAGCCCCCGGGCAGCGCGUCGUUUGCGGGGGGCCUGGGGGCGGGCAUGGCCAGCGCCGAGAGCCUGCACAACUUCAAGGAGGAGGGAGGCGGCGAGGGCAUGCUGCCGCGCGUGCUGAACGUCCGGGACGUGGAGGACACCAUGAGGAGCUACGCGCCUCUGACGGACGGCCAGGCGUCGGUGGGGGGGUCGCUGGCCUCGCUGAUCUGCCCCGAGGAGCAGCUCCGGGGGAGCUACAGCUGGGACUACCUGCUCAACUGGGAGCCCCGCUUCCAGCCGCUGGCGUCCGUCUUCACCGACAUCGGCUCGCUGCCCGACGAGGAGGCCGCUGGACACAGCUCGGCGUCGGAGCUGGCCAGUCUGAUGCGCCCGCCGCCGCUCAUCACUGCGGUGGCACAGCCGGGCAUACGGGCCGUUCCGCCGCGGAUGCCCGCUAAAAUGCCAACCCUGGGCAGGCGACCGUCUUACCCCAAAUAUGCCUACUCUCCGCUGGGUCGUAACACAGGACUGACACCCUCAGCGAUGACGCCCAGCUUCUCCCCCUCUCUGUCCCUGCUCACCAUGAGGACACCCAACGCGUCCCCAGUGGUCUCCGAGACGGGGCUGGGGGUGCGCACCAAGAACACCACCCUUCCUGGGAGCUACAUCUGUGACGGGGAAAUACAGGUCUAGCUCUCUGGGAGUAGGCCACAUGGCAGUUUCUCUCUAAAAUGGAGGUGACUUCAUCUGAAAAACACUGAAAUGUCUCUGUCUGGAUUGUCACUUUGAUUUUCAAUGGUGAAGCCAUAUCUCGAAAAAUAUGAAGUAUGUUUGAUGUUCAUAUCGGACCAGAUGAUGUCCUAAAUUUCAGAGGUCCAAGGAGUCUGUGAAAUCGCUACAGUUUGUUUUGUAUGAAAUGGAAGUUUUCUGCACCAGUGUGCUUUACUAGGGCAUGCUUUGUGACUGUGGUCAUAGGAGGUCAGUGCUGCCAAAUGAUGUCUAUUGUGUCUCUGAUCAGAUCUAUCAUUAAAGAAUCCAGCUGAACAUCACAUGAACCCAAUAGACUAGUUUUGCAACUAAGCCCAAACAUUAAGGCCAGCUUCCUCUGUCUUUGAUGGCCGUUCCAGUGUAGAGAUUUGAUCUACAGUACCAAACACUCUCAUUCAUUCGUCUGUCAAUGGGGGCCUAAUCAUUUCAACACUCUCUUGCAUAAUGAGAUCAGAUGGAUAUUUGGCCGAUAUUGUGCUGUGUGGUGCGUUAUCUCAAGGGAAAUCGCCUUGCAUGAGAUGUGUGUGAAGAGCCAUCUGUAGACAGUAUUACAUUUAUUUCAGUUUCAAGGAUUCUACAGUCUCAUGUCCUUGCCACAGUUGAGACACAUUGAUAUUGGUGUACAGAUACGUUUUUCAAAAAUAUUAAUGUCCACUGAUGCAGAGGAUGUUAAUAAUAUUUUCUGAUACUUCAAAAAUGUAUAAAAAUCAUUCAUGAAGAAACACUAUGCAAGCUAAAAUCAAUAAGGGUUUAUUUGUGUCUAGAGAGCAAUGCUUGACGUUUAGAACCUUGUUGUGGCUACCAGCUACCAAAGAAAUCCACAGAAAAAAAGAUUUUUGUAUCUUCCCCUCCUUGCUUGAUUAACUAGAAAUAAUGAACAAAUUAAACAUUGUACAUGUGCUCCGAUAUGUUGUAAACAGAUGUCUCACUCUAAAAAAAGAUGUCCCUUGUUUUUGAAAUCCUGCCUCUCGUAGAGUCAGAUUAAUCAGUUUUGCAAAUCCGUACUGUGAGAUGGAUUUUGUUUGUUUUGUUUUUUAAACAGCACUUUAUUGUACAGUGAGUUAUUAUACACUGACUUGAGUGAUUUUAUUUUGUUAAUGCUAAUGUCAGUUUGAUAAAUGUUUUGUUACUUUACUAAUCCCUAACUGAUGAUGGGAUGAAUUAUGGUUAAUGUGUUGGACAUAUAAUUAUGAUAAUAAA